CAUUCGUGGUCAGCACCGUCGGUUGUAGAGCUCCUGAAGGAGGGGGAGGGGAUCACUUUUUAAAAAAAAUCUUUUCGGCCGAAGUGCGUCAAGAAAAAUCAUCGAAUCGACAGGUUUUUUUUGACAUUGUAUUUGAAGUAAAAAGUGGAUCAAAGAUCGCCGUGUUCGUGGCGUUGACGGAAUUAAGAAUGUCCCAGCCGUAGGUCGUGGUGUCAGAAAGUUGGGGUUGUCAGUCUGGAAACUUUUAUUGCCGCAGUGUUAAACUGUGGUAAAGCUGCAUCGAAAAAAUAGAAAAAUUCUGCAUGUCAGCUGAAACAAUCAGCUGUCUUGUGCACCACUUCCAUUUUGCCUCUUAAUUACCACUCAUUUCAUAGUUCUGCAUGAAAAUAAACACUACUUGUGGGAUUCAAAUUGUUCCCAGGGUGGUGAUAUCCUGAUUCACCUGAAGCUACCUGCCAAUCAGAGGCCAGCAGCCACUGUGAAGAGCAGUGGCUUUUUUUGGAAGCUCAGCAGCACUGAAAUUUCAGGAGUAGCAGGGAGUUUUCAGUAAUUUCCUCAUACAAUGGCGCAGUGGAAUCAGCUACAGCAGUUGGAUACCAGAUAUCUGGAACAACUGCACCAACUCUACAGUGACAGCUUCCCCAUGGAAUUGAGGCAGUUCCUUGCAGCUUGGAUUGAGACCCAAGAUUGGGCAUAUGCUGCAAGCAAGGAAUCACAUGCUACACUAGUGUUCCAUAAUCUGUUGGGUGAGAUUGAUCAACAGUACAGCAGAUUUCUACAGGAAUCUAAUGUCCUGUAUCAGCACAAUCUGCGGAAGAUUAAACAGUACCUGCAGAACAGGUAUUUGGAGAGGCCAAUGGAGAUUGCGCGUAUCAUAGCCCGAUGCUUGUGGGAAGAAGCACGUCUUCUUCAAGUUGCAACGUCAGUGUCACAACAAGCUGGACAAUCACCACAUCACAGCUCUGUGGUGACUGAAAAACAGCAGAUCCUCGAACACAAUCUUCAGGACGUACGGAAGAGAGUACAGGAUCUUGAACACAAAAUUAAGAUACUGGAAAACCUUCAGGAUGAUUUUGAUUUCAACUACAAGACCCUGAAAAGCCAAGGAGAUGUGCAAGAUUUGAAUGGGAAUUCACAAGCAGCAACAAGGCAGAAGAUGGCACAACUGGAACAGAUGUUGACAGCUUUGGACCAGAUGCGGAGGCAAAUAGUAACUGACCUAGCUGCCCUGCUCUCUACGAUGGAGUUUGUGCAGAAGACCUUGACAGAUGAAGAACUAGCGGACUGGAAAAGGCGGCAACAGGUAGCAUGCAUAGGAGGCCCACCAAACAUCUGCCUUGACCGCCUUGAAAACUGGAUUACAUCUUUAGCUGAGUCUCAGCUCCAAACACGUCAGCAGAUCAAGAAACUGGAAGAACUUCAGCAAAAGGUUUCUUACAAAGGUGAUCCUAUUGUUCACCACAGACCUGUUUUGGAGGAGAGAAUUGUUGAAUUGUUUCGGAGCUUAAUUAAAAGUGCUUUUGUCGUGGAGAGACAGCCGUGUAUGCCAAUGCAUCCAGACCGUCCUUUAGUGAUCAAAACAGGUGUGCAGUUUACAACAAAAGUGAGGUUGCUCGUUAAAUUUCCAGAGUUGAAUUACCAGCUUAAAAUCAAGGUUGCCAUUGAUAAGGAUUCUGGAGAUGGUUCUGCGCUGAGAGGGUCACGGAAAUUCAACAUAUUGGGAACCAAUACAAAAGUCAUGAAUAUGGAAGAAUCAAAUAAUGGGAGCCUGUCAGCAGAAUUUAAACAUUUGACCCUCAGAGAACAAAGAUGUGGAAAUGGAGGCAGAGCUAGUAGUGAUGCUUCCCUCAUUGUGACUGAAGAGCUGCAUCUAAUAACCUUUGAGACGGAAGUUUAUCAUCAAGGACUUAAAAUUGAUUUGGAGACCUCUUCACUGCCAGUUGUGGUAAUCUCCAACAUCUGCCAGAUGCCAAAUGCUUGGGCCUCAAUUCUUUGGUAUAAUAUGCUAACCAAUAACCCAAAGAAUGUGAACUUUUUCACAAAACCACCAGUUGCGACGUGGGAUCAGGUCGCAGAGAUUCUGAGUUGGCAGUUUUCUUCCACCACAAAAAGAGGCCUGAAUAUGGAGCAGCUAGGGACACUGGCUGAGAAGUUGCUUGGUCCUGGUGUCAACUAUUCUGGGUGCCAGAUCACUUGGGCAAAAUUCUGUAAAGAGAAUAUGCCUGGCAAAGCAUUUUCAUUCUGGGUAUGGCUGGACAAUAUCAUAGACUUAGUGAAGAAAUUUAUUCUUUCUCUGUGGAACGAUGGGUAUAUCAUGGGCUUCAUAAGCAAAGAGAGAGAGAGAGCUUUACUGAACGUAAAACCCCCAGGCACAUUCCUCCUUCGAUUCAGUGAGAGCAACAAAGAAGGAGGAAUCACGUUUACGUGGGUGGAAAAGGAUAUCAAUGGAAAGACCCAGAUCCAGUCUGUGGAACCAUACACCAAACAGCAACUAACCAAUAUGUCUUUUGCUGACAUUAUCAUAAGUUACAAGAUCAUGGAUGCUACCAAUAUCCUCGUGUCACCAUUAGUGUACUUGUACCCUGAUAUUCCGAAGGAAGAGGCAUUUGGAAAGUAUUGCUGCAGUGAACCUCAAGAAGCUAUUGAUCCCAAUGAUCCAGAAACAUUUGCAUACCUGAAGCGAAAAUUCAUUUGUGUGACACCAACAAAUUCUGGCAACACAAGUGACCUGUUCCCAAUGUCUCCACGUACACUGGACUCUCUAAUGCAUUGUGGAAGCAAUAAUGAAGGACCUGAACAAGGAGCAGCAGGUGGCCUUGAUUCCAUUACUCUGGACAUGGAGUUUGGCACAGAAUGUGCUGCUUCUCCAAUGUAAAUUCUGUCCACCUUUUAGACAAGGCAGAAUCUGUUAUCCUGGUUACAUCUUCAGUAUGAUUAACCACUAGUUGUAAUAGUUUACACUGUAAUAUGUUUAUAUCUAUUGUCUUUUUUGAAAUUUAAGUGCUUUAGUAAUGUUACUAUUUACUUGCAUAUAAUGCUUUUACCAUAUUGUAUCAUGUUCAUUUCCAGCUGUUUAUUUCAAAUCUAAUGCAACUAAGGAAGAUUUGUUUCAUACUAAUCCAAUGCUUCAACCUGGAUCCUUUCAGCCCCUGCGUUGGUAAAUGGUUCAGAAUGAAAUAAACUUCUUGCAAUAUGUUGCAAGACUCUGGUGCACUAGGGCAUUAUGCUACCCUUGUAUAUUGUCCUUUUCUUAAAUGGAUUCAUUAAUUAUAUGUUCUCAACGGUUUCAAGUUUGCAGUCUCACCACAUAGUGAGAUUAAAAGUAAGCAUGUUUCUUCGCUGUCUGAAUUCGGGAAUGAUUUACUUACAGAACAGAUGUGGACUACAUUGCUGCAUCUUUGCCCUCGUAUACCUUGUUUGGAAAUUGAUUCACAGUUCUGUGGAAACCAACUGUAUGUGCAUGACAUUUUUGAACUGCUUUUAAAAAUAUUUUUAUUCAUCCACUGAACAUGGACGGCCCUGGGAGUCUGGCAUGGAUUACCUGUUCCUAAUUGCUUUAAAGUCACUGGCACACCUUUCUUGGACUGCUGUAUCAGUUUGAGACAGCCAAGCAGUGUGUUAGGUCAUUUCAGAGCAUGUUUAAAUCAGUCAUGUUGGUAUAGACUUGCAGACUGGCUUAUGUGCAAGUACAUGAAAGUAGUAAAUUGUUUGCCUUGAAGGUUGUUAAGGAAUCAGUUAGAUCUUCUUCACAAACCAAAACCGUCGUUGCUUACAGAUACCAGCUUCUUGUUUCCAUAUGUUUUUUACUAACUGAAGUCAAAUUCUGUAACUGCUAUCAUGGACACUUUAUUUGCGUGAUCUGGAUUGUUAAUCUAGGCCUGGCCUGAACAGAGCUGAGAAAGAAAUGGAUGCUGAGACUGGAAAAAAUAGAAAAAGUAUUAGUCAUCUUGUGGAUGAACUCCAUCUUCUGUGACUAUUCAUUAGUUGUCCAAAGGGAAGCAUAGUGCCAUGAUGCAUCAGACAAGCUGACUGUACUCAAUUUAUUUUAAAAGUCAGCUGAAUUUUCUUUGCAUGAAUGGAUAUUGUAAUGCAUUGCUAAAUUUAGCAACAAAGUGGGAUUUUUAUGCAGCUCAUCAUUGGGUAAAUCAAUAAAACUUGUUCUCAAAAGUAGCUUUUUUUAAUUUUAAAAACAUUUUGUCUUAUGUUGCAACUCUUGUCUGAUAUUCUAAAAGACAGCAACACCUAUGUGGUGUAUUUCCACUGAAGAGAGAAGAUUCAAUGUACUAAUAAACUUAGAAAUGUUUAAAUAUGUAAAUUGCAUUAACCUGUGGGAAAUUGUAUUAUGUCUGGGAUUUAUACCCUUUUUAGAGAGGUAUUGUUGACAUUGCUGGAGCUGAAUAAUAAUUAAAAACUGUUUGAACUAGCCUAGACCAGAGGCAGAAGAUUUAUAAUUCAACAAGGUCUGCAACUAUUCUGUCUUUCAAUGAUGCAAUAUUUAUCAUGGACAGAAGUAUAUACAGAACAAUGCUUGAUCUGAUCUGGGGAAUGCAUUUUAAGAAUUCUUGAUAAUGUCCUUGAUCUUGAGAUUGAUUGAUUUGAUUAAUUGAUUGGAGUAAGCAGACUGUGCAAGUGAAAUGCUACGUAUGACCACACCUUUUGACACAAGUGCAUUUUAAAGCUUAAAGAGUAUUUUCUUUUCCCCUGUGUAAAACUUCUCUGCAAGAGGCCACGUAGUAGUGUUAACAGUUCCAGUGGAUAUGCAUUGUACUGCCGUUGAUAAUGUUGCUUUAAACCUAUAAUCAUGAUCUUUGACUUGUAACUCAGAAAUUCAUUCAGUUAUGCAGAAACAAUUUUUAGUGUAUCUUUGAGUAUUCUUCCCUGUAUGUUAGAGGAGAGGGAAGAAAACUUCUAUAAAUUUGAAACAUUUUCUCGAUCAGGAAACUGAAUUCAUUGGCAAAAGUAAUUAUUUAACAGAGCUACUAUACAGGUGUCCAGGUUUGAAUUCAACUGAUUUGAGUAAAUAAGAAACACUUUAUUAUGUCUCAUUUCCCUGAUUCAAUCUAAUGCAGUUCUAUUUAAUUGUACUAUAAAGCCAAUUGUAUGUAUCCGCUUUCUUCAAAAUGAAUUUACUUUUCAGAAGUAGAGAUGCAUAUUUCUACUCCCAAAAAUUGUAUAUUGAGCAAAGAAAGAAUGUAGGAUGUAAUGAAUUCUAAAAAUGGUUGAAUGUCAUUUUAAGUUGUAAAGCAUUCUAAGAUCAUGCAUCCUAUUCUAAUUUCAAUGUUCUUAUUUCUCAGUUUCAUUUUUGAAAUGUAUGUUUUGACUAUAUUCAAGAUGUGUAUAUGAAAAGUGUGUGUAAAUGAAAAAGGCAGCAUUCAUUUAUGCUGUAAAUCUCCGUAUCCUUUUACUGAUUAAAGGGCCAAGCUUUAACUGUUCAGUUGUUCCAGUACUUUUUAUUCACACAAGUUUUGAUUUGUCAAAAUGAUCUUCAAAUUACCAUUGAUUUUGCUGGAAAUAAAAUAUAUUUUCAUCAUCGUGA